GGUAGUGGUUUUGGCACGUAAUAUGGGCACGGGCGUGGUUUUGCCCCUACUGGGUUUGUAGAAACAUAGACGCUCCAGGCAGUGCGUGUGUUAGUCAGGCUGCAGAAGAGAGGGAGGUGGGGUCAGAACUGUAGUGAUUUGGACUGGGCUGCCAAAUGCUAAGCAUGAAUAAUUACAACCAAAGUCCAUGUGGGCGUCCGUCUUGCAUUAAGAUGGAGUGACCGCGACAACGCAGCUCAAGAAAGAGUGAAGAAAGAUUUAUUUCAGCUCCGAUGCCUUUCCUUGAAAAGGAAACUUCGGUUAGUCCGGAGACGUUGUCCCGUAAGAAUACUAAAAGUUGGCUCAUUAGAGUGAUGCUGCUAGGAAUGGUCUUUGUCUCCUACCAGUUCUUCUCCAUCCUGCAAAGUUUGGAAGAUUCCAGCACAUCCGCAUCUCUCUACCGUACCCCAUGUAACAGCUCCAGGUUAUGGGACAGCCUGAGUUUGAACGUGAGCAGAAACACGCGUCUCUUCCUGAGGCUGAAGGAAUUAUCCCGGAGGGACUUUUCAUCCAGUUUACCGCUGCCUUACGGCAUUAAUGCCAGUGAGAACAUCCUGAGGAACAUUUUUUCAGUCCUGCCCUAUGAUGACAUUCCUGAACAUCUGGAGAGCUCAAAGUGCAGAACCUGUGUGGUCAUUGGAAAUGGGUUCACCAUGAAGAACAAGUCCCUGGGGAACACCAUCAACCAGUACAAUGUGGUCAUCAGGAUCAACAACGGUCCCGUGAGGGGCUACGAGAAGGAUGUAGGCAACAAGACCACCAUGCGCUUCUUCUACCCUGAAUCGGCCUUCUACGACCCCAAAGUGCACAACGAACCGGAUACCCUCAUGGUGCUUGUGCCUUUCAAGCUAGUAGACCUGAUCUGGCUUAGGGACAUUCUGUACAAGAAGAAGAGGAUAGUACAGUGGGGCUUCUGGAAGCCACCGCCCCAGAUCUGGCUGGGCAGGACGUCUCAAUUCCGUAUACUGGAUCCCUUCUUCAUGCGCCACACAGCCAGCGAUCUGCUACAGGUUCCCUUCAGCCCGGAUGUAAUUGAGCAGAAAGCUGUCUGCCCAACCUCUGGGAUCCUAGCUGUCUACGUGGCUUUGAACUUCUGCAGUGUGGUCCACCUAGCCGGAUUUGGCUACCCCAGUGACAAGAACAACUUGAUUCAUUACUUUGGGAGAGACAUGAUGAACUGCAUGAUUGGAUCUCAGCACAACAUCACCCAUGAAGCACAGGUUCUGAGGAAGCUGGAGGACCAUGGGGUUAUUCAGUUCCUUGACCAGCACUAAUGACAAGGCACCCGGUCCUCUGGCAUCUGGGCUGUUACUGGAAGUGGGGGACCGCCUGGCUCUGGUCAUGUGACUGUGUUUGGCUUGUGACAGAGUGACUUUCAGUGCCCCGGCCAUCUACUCUCUCUGCACCCGUGAGUUUCACAUUCAUGGGGUAUGAGGAAGCGCCACCGAGUGGUUCGUAUCACUCACAAAGCCAGCUCAUCCAUUUCCUCGUAGCAGCACCAACUAUAUGAGACGGGUUCUUUUCAGAAGCUGCACACAGACCAUAAUCCCUGAUUUCACAGACUGCCAUUGACCCUCCUAAGAGCUGAUGUGUUGUUUUGAUUUCGUUUUCAGAUCCUUUGUGCUGAUUAUGGAAUAGCUUUAUUUUAUGUCUCUCCCUGUUUUGUGGAACUCGUCUCCAAAACUGCACAUAAAUAAAGUGCCAUUUCUGCAAUCUUCCUGUCACAUCUCCCUGGCUGCUUUUGCAAUAACUUUCCAUUCUGUGAAGUUGUUGUUGUUGUUGUUUCAGGCGAGAGUUCCUAUAGUGGCCACUAGAGGGAAGCAGAGUGCAGGGCAUACACUGGAUUUCACAAGAUUGAGGAUCUUUCCGAUGCACCCUUUCCUUAGCCAUCAAUAAUGAAGGAGAAUAGCUUAGACAUUCUCAAAAGUGACCCUACAGUAACGUUGAUGUAACUGUUACGGAUCACAUCAAUCUUAUGAGUGACCUUAUUUCCCUUUUACAUGCUGACAGAGCUUAACCCUGAGAUGCAUGGUCCAUUCUACAAACGCUUAUAUAUACCUUUAGGGACCCACCAUGUAAAAUAAAAAAAUCAAGCCACAAA